AUGUCGUCGAGAUACAAGGACAAGGACGGCGGCGUUGUCCUCAGCUUUAAUGGACAGUGGGUUAGCUGGGCGCAUACGGCUGUAGCUUAUACUGCAUUCAUCAGUGCAUUGAUAGUCGGCGUUUCUCUGCAUUACCACAAGAUCGUACAGAAUGAAUUCUACGGAUACCCAGAUGAGUGGUUCCCAUCUGUCUCUGCGACGAUCGGCGACCGAUACCCGGAGCGCUCAUUUUUCAUGAUCUUUAUUGCAAUCACAUCAGGACCUCGAUUUGCGCUCGUCGGUCUAUGGUACAUUCUGACUCGUAGAUCCGGUUCCAAGCUUCCGGGCUUCGUCGCUUCUAUGGGCCUACUGCGGACCUUGACAUGUGGUGGCUGGACGUACAUCACAUCUACGGACGAUCACGAUUGGCACGAUAUUCUCAUGAUAUCAUACAUCGUUUGCACUCUGCCGUGGACAACUGGCUGCAUUGCUUUAAGUCCGCCAAACCCUUCCGCUAUCAGGUGGCGCAAGCGCUUGGCAGGCCUUUUCUUUGGAACUCUGGUUCCUCUGAUCUAUUUCUUCAUCCAACACAAAGUACACCGUGUAGCUGGAGCUUAUACGACGUAUGCGUUUUUUGAAUGGGCCUUGAUUCUCUUUGACGUGGCCUUCGAUGCGGUUACGGCCCUCGAUUUCAAUACAUUUGAGAUUUCGGUAAAGGAUGUCAAGGGAAUCAGCAAGGGUGAAAACCUUUCCUCGGUCCCAUCUGCAGUUUUGGAGAAGGAAAAGGAACAGAUUACGGGUGGCUUCUUCUCCAUCCGAUUUACAUCAGCCGACGCUCUCGACACUGCUGCCAGUGUAUACCAUGGGUUUGUCUUCUGGUCAAUGCUUACCAGUCUUGGUCUUGUCGUGUGGUACUUCCCACUCUGGCACAUGGGUAUCUCCGGCUUCGAAGCUUUCGUGAUGGUGACAGUUGCGCCGUCGCUUUUGGGAAUUGGAGUCUUCCGAUCAUUUGUUGUGAACAAUCUGCGACUGGUUCACCUUUUGUCGCUAUGUGGUGUUGCUGCAUACCUUGUUCUCGACCCAGUGCUUCGUCUGUGUACAGUUGGCCUCGGCGUUGGACUUUCGUGUCUUGGCUGGGCUAGCUCUCUGCAUGCAGACUCAGUUCACAAUGUCCGACUGGAGACCAAGCUGCUUGGAUGGAUGAUUGGACUGAUUUUGUCGUCUACGUUGAAGUUUGCCUGGUUUACGAACAACCCUAUCUGGCCCAUUAUGCAUGCCGCCAACGGCGGAUGGAAUGGUGUGGGACUCGUGCUCGGCAUCUUGUCGGCUCUCCGAUUUACCAGAAAGGGCCCUCUCACCGGCGGCUCUCUAUCAGAUGAGCCAAAGCAGCAAGGCUCAAACCUCCUGGCUGCUUUUGGUAUUGGUGGUUUGUUCUUCGGCUUACAUUCAUUGCUGUCCGACACGAGCACCAUGAUUCUCUGGGUAUGGGAGGGCUACCCGAUUCGAGGGCCAUAUUUCUCCACUCACGGCUGGUUCACAGUCGCUGCCAUGUCUGUGGGCAUCUUCUUGGGCAUCAACAGGCCUGGCCUUGCGGGAAGUUGGCCUCAGUAUGCAGUGGGAUUCGUCAGUGCUAUCGUCUUGACGUUUUUCAGCCAUUGGUUCGGUUACUACGGUGGUCUCGGUCUGGCGGCAUAUCUCAUGGCAGUCUCUGUGCCACUCAUCUCUAAUGCCGCAAAGAAGGACCCGGCAGUGACGUUUGGCCUGGGCUUCAUGUUCUACAACCUCAUGGUGCUGUUUCACGUAUGGGUUGUCGCCUACGCGUUCGUCCCUGGUGGCCCGCUGGUUCGUGAGCACACUGAUUGGGUCAUGCUUACUACAAUGCUGAUGAUUGCUGCCGGUGUACACGAUUUCAACACGUCGCGGCCUCGACACCAACCUGCUCGCCGCCCAUCGCCCUCGCAACAUAAGAAAUACUUUGGGUUGUCAGCUAUCAUCGUCAACGUCCUGUUCAUGUGUGCGGCCUUCAGGCGGUUCCCUACUAAUGAUUAUAAGCCUUACCAUCCUGAAGAUCGGGUCCUGACAGCAGGUAUCUGGACGAUCCACUUUUCUCUGGAUAACGACAUGUGGUCUUCUGAGUAUCGUAUGCGUGAUCUGAUCAAAGAAAUGGAGGUCGAUGUCAUUGGUCUUUUGGAGUCGGAUCUGCAGCGUAUCAUUAUGGGUAACCGAGAUACCACCCAGUUCCUCGCCGAGGAUCUAGGCAUGUACGUCGACUAUGGUCCCGGCCCCAACAAGCACACGUGGGGUGCUGCCCUCUUGUCCAAGUUCCCUAUUGUGGAAUCCAAGCACCAUCUCCUUCCCAGUCCCGUGGGUGAGCUAGCGCCAGCAAUCCAUGCUACUCUGGACGUCUACGGCCAACUCGUUGACGUAUUCGUUUUCCACUCUGGCCAGGAAGAAGAUCCGGAGGACCGACGACUUCAGUCUGAGUACCUUGCGAAACUUAUGGGCUCAACGGAUCGGCCAGCAUUCUUACUAAGCUACUUGGUGACGGAGCCGCUUGAGGGCAACUACAACACUUAUGUGAGCGAGAUUUCUGGCAUGCAUGAUGUUGACCCAACCGACUGGGACCGGUGGUGCGAAUACAUAUUGUUCAAGAACAUCAAGCGUGUUGGUUAUGCCCGCGUUAGCCGUAGCACAAUCACCGACACAGAGCUACAGACUGCGAAGUUUGUGAUUCCGCGUUCAGAUGCCGAGAUUCAGGAGCUAGCAGCCCAGACGGCCGAAGAGCGGGAUCAUCGCGUAGAGGAGGAGGACGUGCCGGAGGGAUGGCGCUAUCCUGCCAUGUUCAGGGGAGAGGGUGUGAGAGAUCAUCGAUACCACGUCUUUGACGAACCACGUUACUACAACUAA